AUGAGUAAGCGUGCAGCAAGCCCUACCGAUUCACCAGCCAAAAGGCAGAAAAAACAUCUAGUAUCCACUAUUCACAAGCACUAUGGUUUAAUUAACAGUCAAGAUGAUUAUAAACACAUGUAUUUGUCACUGCAGCCGUUAGAUAUUUUCUGCUGGGGGACAGGCUCGAUGUGCGAGUUGGGUCUCGGUCCGCUUUCCAAGAACAAGGAGGUUAAAAGACCUCGUUUGAAUCCGUACUUGCCUCGCACUGAAGCAAAAAUUGUAUCUUUCGCUGUUGGUGGGAUGCAUGUUCUUGCUUUGGAUCAAAAUAACAGGAUCUGGUCGUGGGGUACCAACGAUUCUGGCGCUCUGGGCAGAGAUACAUCUGGUGCAAGAGAACAACUAAAAGAUAUGGAUGCAGACGAUAGCAGCGACGACGACGACGGUGACUUGAACGAGUUAGAAAGUACGCCAACCAAAUUGCCUGAUGAUGCAUUGCCUAUCAACGAGCAUAAAAUUGUCCAAAUAGCUGCAACUGAUAAUCUAAGUUGUGCUUUAUUGGACAAUGGCGAUGUCUACGCCUGGGGAACUUUCCGUUGUAACGAAGGUAUUUUGGGUUUUUACAAAGAUUCAAUUAAAAUUCAACAUACUCCUUGGAAGGUUCCUGCUUUCUCCCCAGUUAAGAUUGUGCAAAUGGCCCCUGGAAAAGACCAUAUUUUGUUUUUAGAUGAGCACGGCGUUGUAUACGCAUGGGGUAACGGUCAACAGUACCAAUUGGGUAGAAAAAUCAUGGAGCGUUCCAGAUUAAGAACACUGGAUCCACGGGCAUUCGGCUUGGACAACGUCAAGUAUAUUUCUUCCGGUGAAAAUCACUCUUUCGCGUUAACGAAAGACGGAAAACUGUACAGUUGGGGUUUAAAUCAAUUCGGCCAAUGUGGUGUUUCUGCUGAAGUUGAAGAUGGCGCCCUUGUUACUACACCUACCGAAGUUCUGUUACCCGAGGGAACUAAGGUCAGAAUGGUAUCUGCUGGUGAACAUCACUCUUUAGUUCUGACAGAGGCAGGUGAAGUUUUUAGUUUUGGAAGACUGGACAUGUUCGAAGUAGGUAUUCCUAAAGACAAACUACCUGAGGAUACCUACAAGGAUGCCCAUGGCAAGGCACGUGCUAUCCCUAUUCCAACGUUAUUAUCCGAUGUUCCUCGCUUCAAAAACAUUGCUGCUGGCUCUCAUCACUCAUUGGCUAUUUCUGAGGAUGGUAUCGUCUACUCUUGGGGUUUUGGUGAAACCUACGCAUUAGGCCUAGGCCCAGCGGGAGAAGACGUCGAAAUACCAACAAGAAUCAAGAACACUGCAACGCAAGAUCACAGUAUCAUGUUCGUCGGAUGCGGAGGUCAAUUUUCUGUAUCAGGUGGUGUCAAACUAAGUGAUGAAGAAGCAGAGAAAAGAGCCGAUAAAAUGGAUGAUUAA